CUUUACGACUGUUGUCAUGGUUGCCUAGCAGCAGCAGAACAAGGGGAACACAAGAUGGCUAGGCUGUUUUAUCAGUAAGUUCAGCGCUGUAGGACAUUUAUACAAAAGCUGAAAGAUGCCUGCAGCCGCAGACUGGAAGCUGCUCAUGGGAGCAGACCCAGAAGAUCUGGGAGAAGAUGAUGAGAAAAUCUGUGAUGUGAUUUUGAUGGUCAAACCACGGGACCUGAAAGCAGAUGAUUCAGAGAAAAUGAUUCAGCUCUUUAGAAUCUCACAAACACUCCUGAGGAUGAAACUGGACGAAAUUAAAUGUGCCUAUGAGGUUGUAGACAGUGCUGGUGCGGAGCAAGCAAGAAUUGAAAAUGAGUUGAAAGCCAAAGUCCUAAAGCUGGAGGGUGAGCUAGAGAUGGCCCAGCGCGUGAUGGGAGUGGGUGACACACGUUUCCUCCGGGAUGAGAUUCACCAACUGGAGAGUCAGCUGGAGCGCAAAGAGAGAGAGGUGACCCAGCUGGAGAAGGAAAUGGGCAAGGAGAGGAAAGCCAAUGAGGAGCUGGCUCUCCGUGCUGAAGAGGCAGAAGAGAAGAACAGGAAACUCAAAAGAGAGAUAAACCAGCUUACAAAGAAGAACGAACAACUGCGACAGGAUGUGGAGUUCUACAGAAAGGAAGUAGAGCAGAGAGAGCCUCUUCAGACCAAAGAGGAGAGCAAUGAGAUUCAGAGGAGACUUACCAAAGCCAACCAACAGCUCUACCAGUGCAUGGAGGACCUGCAGCAUGCCGAGGACAUGGCUGCCAACCUGAAGAGCGAGAACGAGCACCUGCAGAAGAAUCUGGAGGAGUCUGUGAAGGAGAUGGAGAAGAUGACGGAUGAAUACAACAAGAUGAAGAUCGCAGUCCAGCAGACGGAUGCCAUCAUGGAUCAGCUGAGAAAAGAACGAGAUCAUGCCAAGCUUCAGGUCAGAGAGCUAAAUGAACAAAUCCAGGCUCGAGUUGAAGAGGACGACCCAGUUAUGGCUGCCGUUAAUGCCAAAGUUGAAGAGUGGAAGAGUAUUUUAUCAGGGAAAGAUUUGGAAAUGUUGGAGUAUCAGCAGAUGAUCAGAGACUUGAGGGAGAAACUUCGAGCUGCUCAGAUGGACUCUGACAAAAGCAACAUUAUCGCACUGCAGCAGGUCAUAUAUGAACUGUGUGGCGCUGUGCAAGAGAGGGACAACCAGAUCAAGAUGCUGUCUGAGCAAGUCAAGCAGUACACAGCAGAAAUGGAAAAGAAUGCUGUGCUCAUCGAGGAGCUGAAGAAACCGGUAAAGAAACAUAAAGAUAAAGGUAACGCCAGCGUGCAGCAUCGCAGGUUGGAAGACUUGAGCUCUAAACUGCAGGUGGCUGAGAGGAGAGCUCUGGAGGCUGAAAGUGCAGCCCAACUGGCUGAACGUGAUGCUAGAGACAAAGACAAAGAGCUCAAUGACACCCUCAGUCGAAUCCGUCUCUAUGAGUCUGGGACGGAUGGUUUGGAAGCUGCCAUCACUGAGAUCAAAGAAUGUAAAAAUCAAAUCAGAGUGAGAGACCGGGAAAUAGAAUCCAUGAUAAAAGAGAUAAACCAACUGGAGAUCAAAAUUAACAAUCUGCUAGAUGAGAAUGAAGACCUACGAGAACGCCUUGGAUUAAAUCCAAAGGAAGAACUGGAUUUGAGUGAAUUCCGGAGAUCAAAGGUUUUGAAGCAGAGACAGUACAAAGCAGAGAACCAGGUCCUGCUGAAAGAGAUUGAGCGUCUGGAGGAGGAAAGGCUCGAGCUGAAACAACGCAUUCGUGCGCUGGUGAAGGACAAAGGCAUAUCAGUGGUUAGUAGUUCACUGCUUGAUGACAGUGUUGAAGAAAAGCCCAGCAGAUCUUUUAGAGAGAGGCCUGUCUCUGGAUCCACCGAUGAAGAGAUGAAACGCAAAAACGAACGUCUGCAGGAAGAGUUGAGCAACAAAGAGAAAGAACUUGAGCUCAAGAGAUCAGAAUCCGCCCAGUUCAAAGCCAGAUUGAAUGAAAUGCUAAAUGAGAAUAAACAGCUGGAGCAGGGCAUGAAAGAGAUUUUGCAGGCCAUCCAGGACACUCAGAAGAAAACACCCACAUCCAUUGGCGUCAGCAUUCCCAGCCUGGAGAGACUCGUCAAUGCUCUGGAGAUGAAGUACUCAGAGGGAAAGUUUGAUGCAAGCCUCUACCUCAGAACGCAGGUAGAUCAGCUGACCGGCCGCAACGAGGAGCUACGGCAGGAGAUGAAAGCAGCUAGAGAGGAGGCAGCAAACAAUCUCAAUCAGUUAACAAAAGCUAAUGAGAAGAUUGCUCAUUUGGAAAGUGAGGUUGAAUCAAUGAGCAAAUCAGCUGGCACUUCCAUCCCUUACAAGUCAUUAGCUCUGCCUGAAGAGAUGACGCCAACUAGUGCCGAGGUCAUCAACGCUCUCAAUGAAUACACGAUACAACUCCUACAUGAGCUCAAAAACAAAGAAGAUUCCAUUGAGCAGCUCAGUUCAGCUCUGGAAGACUAUAAAAGGAAAUUUGCAGUGAUCCGCCAUCAGCAAGGGCUACUAUACAAGGAGUAUCAAAGCGAGAGGGAGUCUUGGCAGAAAGAGAGAGACUCUUUUGCCGAACUGAAAUCCAAACUCGAGGAACAAAAGGAGGUGGACGCAGUCAAAGUCAAAGAGUACAAUCACUGGCUUGAGGCUCUUGAAAAGGACCCGAGUGAGACCAGACGGGAGCUGGCUGAGACGGCCCGAAAAAUGACGGUUCUCAGGGUGAACGAGAAGUGUCUGACACGACGUUACACGACUCUGCUUGAGUUCGAGCAACACUUGAGGAAGGAGAACGGCAAACUGAAGGAUGAUUUCACUCAAAUGGAGGCUGCUGUAACUGAAAGGAUCGGUUACCUGCAGAGGUUCAAGGAAAUGGCAGUGUUUAAAAUGGCCGCAUUGCAGAAAUCCCUUGAUGGUAGUGUUUCUGCAUCGGAGCUGGAGAGAGCCAACAAACAAUACACCGAGCUCACCAUCAAGUACAGAAACCUCCUACAGAAAGACAAUCACCUCGUUCAGAAGACAACCACCCUGGAGCACUUGGAGAAGGAGAAUGUGUCUUUACAUGAGAGCAUUAACUCCAUCAAUAAAGAGUUUGAGAUCAGCAAGGAGAAGCUUCACACUUUGGAGCAGGCCUGGGAAAACAUCAGCACGACUGAUGGUGAGAACAACAUGGAAAAGGCAGCCAAAGCCCUGGCCAACAGCGAGAUUGUAUCUGUGUCCAGACGCAUCACAACGCUGGAGAUGAAGGAGUUAAAUGAAAGGCAGCGGGCUGAACAUGCUCAGAAGAUGUACGAGCACCUGAGGAACUCCCUCAAACAGGUGGAAGAGCGCAACUUUGAACUAGAAACCAAGUUUGCUGAGCUCACAAAAUUAAACCUGGAGGCUCAGCGGAUAGAAAGGGAGCUCAGGGAUGAGCUGGCAAACAGUGUAGGCAAAGAUAUUAGUGAUGCCAAUCGCAAGCGAAUCACCGAACUGGAGAAAACAGAGGCAGACCUGCGGAUUGAAGUGUCCAAAUUGCGGGAGGUGUCAGAUGUCGCUAAAAUGCAGGUGUCCACUCUGGAAGCCAGACAGCAGUCAAGAAAGAAGGAGGUAGAAAGCCUGAGGAGACAGGUGUUGGACUACCAGGCUCAGUCCGAUGAAAAGGCCCUCAUCGCUAAACUCCACCAGCACAUUGUGGCUCUCCAGCUGAGCGAAACCACAGCCAUCAGCCGACUGGAAGCAGCCAACACACGCCUGCAGAAACUCGAAGCACAGAAGCUCCGAGUCGAACAGCAGCUGGAUGCCCAGCAGCAGACUCUUUGGCAAACGAGGCAGGAGGGUCACCAGCGGGCCAGACACCUCCGCCACACUAUCCAGGCCCUCCGCAGACAGUUCUCAGGAGCCCUGCCACUGGCCCAACAGGAGAAGUUUUCCAACACCAUGCUCCAGCUGCAGGAGGACAAGGCACGGGCCAGGGAGGAGGCGCAUAAGGCGGAGGAGGAGAGGAGGAAAGCAGAAGGAAAGGCACAAGAACUGGAGCUAAAGCUGAAGGGGUUGGAGGAGCUCAUAGCAACACUGAAAGAUGCCAAAGGAGCUCAGAAAGUGAGUGAGUGGCAUAAGAAACUGGAGGAAGUUCGUCUGUUAGAAAUGAGGCAGAGCAGAGAGCUUGGUGCCCAGCGGGAAGAGAUAAAAUACCUUAAGAACAUUGUGGCUCAGCAGGAACGCACCAUCAGCGGCCUGGAAGAGGAGCUGGUGCAGCAGAAUAACUUUCUCGAGGAGCGGCAACUGAUGUGGGAUCAGAGAGAAGUGCAAUUGGAGCGCCAACUCGACACCUAUGAGAAACAGCAGAAUGAAGUCUUAAGUACAGCUCAGAAGUUUGAGGAAGCCACAGGCUCUCUACCAGAUCCAAAUCAGCCUUUAGCGCACCAGCUGGACUACGCUCUUGGAAAAAUCAAAGAGCAUGUUCGUACCAUCCUUGAGACAAAAGCCACCUGCAAAAUUCUGGAAGAGAAGCUGAAGGAAAAAGAAGCUGCUUUGUGGACAUCAGAAAAGAACGUCUUAUCCCGAGACAAAGUGAUCAAUGAACUGAGGCUUCGCCUACCAGCCGCUGCUGAGAGAGAGAAACUCCUGGCUGACCUGAGCAAACAAGAGGACUCUGAUAGCCAGCCCGCCCUGAAGGCCGCCCACCAGACCAUUAACAACCUACAAGGGCGUCUGGAUCAAAAAGAAGUGGUUCUCAAGAAGUACCAGAACCUGUUAGCAAAGACCCGUCAGGAGCAGGAAGAGAUUGCCAAAAGGCAUGAGGAAGAGGUCAGGGCACUGCAUCAAAAACUGGACGUCUGUAUGGACACGUCACUGGACCGUUUCAAACAGACUGCUCUGGAGCUAAUGAAGAAACCCACCAUCACUGUACCGGCCAAUAAGCACUUGGUGCGUUUGGCAGAAAUGGAGCAGACGGUGGCUGAGCAGGACAAUUCGCUCUCCUCACUGACACACAAGCUGAAGGUCGUCACCGCAGAGCUGGACCAACAGAAACAGGUGACGGCGGCACAAGCCAUGGAAAUAGCCAGACUUGAGGAGAGACAUGUUGCCCAAACGAAGGGUCUGUCCCAGGAGGCAGAAGAGCUGAGAGCUCAGCUCAUUCAUAUGGAGAAAGAGCUGCAUUUCCUCCGCACAGAGCUAGAGGCUCAGAAAGAAGCCAAUGUCAGAUCACCAUCCAACACCAUGAAGAACCUUGUGGAGCGGUUGAAGACUCAGUUGGCCCUCAAGGAGAAACAGCUGAAGGCUCUCAGUAAAGCUCUCUUGGAGCUUCGCGGAGAGUUAACAUCUCAAGCAGAACAGCAGAUCAUCGCCAAUGCUGCUCAAAAGGAAGAGGCCCUUAAUGUUCAGCAGAUUGUCGAUAAGCAGACCAAGGAGCUAAGGGCAUGUGUGAAAGACCUUAAUGAGGAGCUCCAGCAGGCUAAGGAUGGCAUACGAGCAGCAAAAGCCAGAGAAAACUCGCUGAGAGAGGAGCUGGAGAACUUAAACAAGGAUUUGCAGAGGAGCCAGAAAUCACAUAACAAGCUGCAGAGUGAAAAGGAGUUUCUGGAGGAUCAGCUGGAUGAGCUGAAGAAGAAGGUCCAGAGGCUCAGCAGCGGCCUUCAGGCUCAGGUUGAGAGUGAUGGACCCACAGUUGAAGCUCUUCAGAAGAAGAUCCGUAGGUUAGAGCAGGAGCUGGACAGGAAGAGCAUCUCAGAUCCUGCAGACAAGAGGAGUGCCCUGAAGGAGGACAAGUCCUCUAAAGAAGAAAUCUUGAGGUGGGAGGAAGGUAAAAAGUGGCAGGCCAGGUUGGAGAAAGUGCGGACCGUCCUCAAGGAGAAGGAGAAAGAAUUGGAAUCUCUGUCUAAACAAUUAACAACGAUCAAAGAACUUUACAGCAGGUUGGAGCAGGAGAAGGUGGGUCUCCAGAAGAAACUAAAGGGCAGAGGAGUGACCGCAGAUCAGGUUGUUGGUGUACGGACCCUCGAGGCUGACAGAGAGAUUGAGGAGCUACAGAGAAGGAACGCUGAACUGGAGCAGCAAAUCAAAGUGAUAAAGCAGCAGCAGGCUUUACCCCGUGAUGCUGCAAUGGAGGAUAUCACCAUCAGGAACCGUUAUCUUGAGGAGAGGCUUCACUCCCUGGAGAGUCAACUGUCCAAAGAGUCUACAUCCAGACCAUCUCUCAGCUGGUCCUCAAAAGUUGUUCAUUCCAAGACUUUCGAUAUUAGUGAAAGUGAACAAAUUCAGUCUCCAUUAGUAAAUGACACAAUCCCUGAAAAAGAAGCCAUCACUGAAAAGGAAAUAGCAGUUACAGAGGACAAAGCAACUCAAACUUCAUCCAGAAGAUUGAGUGCAGCAGAAGUGAGUCAAGAUGAGGAAAACAGCAAGGAGAAUGUAGGAGAGAGCAUUGUAGAUGUAGAACCAGAAGAUCUGGUGAAUGAGAACAAAAGUGAACAGGAAGAAGACAACAAAAAAGAGGGAUUGGGUGAGAAAGAUAUAGAGGAACCAGAUGAGGCUCAAGGAGGACAAGAGGAAGAUAUAGUAGUGGCUGAAAAUGCACAGGAAGAACUGAAGACUAAUGGAGUUACAGAAGAGAUGACAGAUAAGCCUCUUGAAGAAGAUCAGCUGGAAUAUGAAAAGACAAACGCAGAAGAAAGUAGGACCUACACAGAGCCAGAGAUGUCAAAAAAACAUCUGGAGGAUGACCAACAAGACAGAGAUAAGGAAAAAGAACCUGAAGAACAACAUAUUGAGUCUUUGAAAUCUGAAGGUGAUCCAAGCCAAAAUUUGAAAACAUCUAAAGAGCUUGAAGAAGAAGAAAUGGCACUCUGCACAGUUGAUGCCAAAGUGGUGUCUGAAGAACCAUCAAUGGAGGAGACCAUGUCUUUCAUCCCUGAGGAAGACGUGGACCCUGUUUUAAGUGAGAACGUAAAAUGUUCCCCCACUAAGGAGCUGAAUUCAGGUGUUAUAAAAAGUGAUGUCUUAAACAUUCUUGGACCUGUAGAAUCCGAGGUCACCACCUUUCGUGAGAAAGACCAAAGCAAAGUGAAAGCUCGAAAGCAGACGUCUGGCCGUGGUUCUGGUACACCAUCUCAAAGAGAACAUGAGCUCCAAAGAGAGAACCUCAAGUUGUCCACGGAGAACCUGGAGCUUCGUUUCCAACUGGAGCAAGCAAACAAGGACCUGCCUCGAUUAAAAGAUCAGGUGUCUGACCUCAAAGAGAUGUGCAGUGUUUUGAAGAAGGACAAAGCUGAAGUGGAGAAGAGACUCAGCCAUAUUCGUGGGUCUGGCCGCAGCGGGAAAACCGUUCCUGAGCUGGAGAAGACCAUCGCACUGAUGAAGAAGGUUGUGGAGAAGGUUCAAAAAGAGAAUGAGAGCUUAAAGAAGACAUCAGAGGCCAAUGUGCAGGAGCAGCUUGCUAGACUAGAACGAGACCAUGAGAAACUGAAGUCUGAAUAUGAAAAGCUGAAAGGAAAACAAGAGGAACAGCUAAACGCUAGACUUGAGUCAAAAACCAAGGGCAUUGAGAAAAUCAUGAUGGAAAAUGAACGCUUACGUAAAGAUAUUAAAAAGGAAGCAGAAACUGCAGAUAAGCUGAGGGUUGCAAAGGCCAACCUUGAAGUAGCCAAUGAGAAACUAAAGGCGGGGCUUGAGGAGACCAAUCAGAGGCUCUUAUUGGCACAGUCAAUGGUGCCGUCUUUAGAGGGGGCGGACAGCAAGGCCUGGAAAUCUUCAGUUGUUUCCAGGUUAUUUGAAAACAAGAUGAAAGGUCUCGAAAGCGAAAUCGUAAAGAAAAACUCCAGCAUAUCAGAACUGAAGGUGCAGCUGAAAGAGGCGAAUGAGAAACAGCAGGCCACACAACACACAGUCAGCCAGCUGAAGGAACAAGUGGAACUGCUUAAAAAUAUCCCUGUGGAAGCAACCACUGAUGAAGGCCUUGUCAGAGAGUAUCAGUCCCUGAGAUUGGCCAAUAAACAACUCGAGAGGGAAAAAGCUCAACUUCUUCGCCAGAUCCAAAAGUACGAUGAGCAGUUUGGAACCAGCAAAGCAGGACCAGGAUACAAUGAUCUCCAGAAACAAAUUAAGGCAGCAAAUACUGAAAAAAAGAAAUUACAGGACGAAGUGAGAAAGCUGACCCGAGAGCUGGAAAACUUUGACCCAACUUUUUUUGAGGAACUUGAGGAUCUAAAGUUCAACUACAAUCUGGAGGUGAAGAAAAACAUCAUCCUGGAGGAACAGCUGAAGAAGCUGUCGGAUCAGUUUGGACUGGCGGUUCCCAUAGACGUGUCUAUCAGCUAACACACAUCAGAUCGUUUUUCAGGUCAUUCGAUUUUAUUGUUACUGCUCAGUUAGAGCCAAAUGUGUACAAAUGUUGCUUCUCUUUAUAUUCAAGUACAAUGUUUCACAAGUAGGUUCAUAUUUAUU